ACAUUGGGGUGGAAUUAAUACACGUUAAAUUUGUGAUGAAAAUAAAUAGUUAUGGAGAAUACACAACCAAGUUUGCGGUUAUUGUCGAAAGAACAGAUAGCCAAGGCAUUUGAAAAGACAAAGAACGAAUUGAGCGUUCCCGGGGGCGAACUGGUCUUGAUCUCAGAAGAAAACUGCCUGGGUGCUCUCGAUGUAGCGAAAUCCUGCUUCGUAGAUGACGAGCCCCUAGGGUUGGGUGUUGGGAUCACGUGGACCAAGGAGUUCGAGGAUCUAUUUAUAGAUACGUUCAAACAAGGUUUGUCCGUGAUGAUGGUAGACCCCGAAAGUGGUGACGUCAUGGGUAUUAGGUCCGUCCGCACCAUGUUUAAAGGUGAUGCCUUUGAUCUGGCGAGUAUUAAAGACGCGGCAAUGAGGAAGGAGUUUGAAUUUAUCGAGGCUAUGAAUAUGGAAGUCAACGUUUUUGAGACGUACGGUAUUGAUGAGUUGAUACAAUUUCUAGGACUUGGUGUUUCCGCAAAAUACCGACGUAGGGGCUUCGGGGCGACUCUGAUGCAGGCAGGGGUCAAACUUGCUUCAAACCUUGGUAUUGAACCAAUAUAUAUUAAAGGGGAAGGUUCCUCGAACUAUUCGCAACGAAUAUACGAGAAGUUAGGGUUCAAGACUCUUUUUACGAAGAAGUUUGAGGAUUACAAAGUGGACGGUGAAGUCGUGUUUAAAAACACUGGUGAGCAUAAGAACACCAAAGGUUAUCUGAUGCGUGUGAGCAAGGAUGAAAAAAUAGUCUGA